UAAGUCUGCACCCUGACCAUGGCUGAUUUUGGGGAAAUCCUGCGUAACAUUGGAGAGUUUGGAUUGUUUCAGAAGACCGUCCUCUUUGCUCUUUGCUUCCCAAACCUCCUCUUGCCUUUCCACUUUGCGAGCGUAAUUUUCACCCAGUCCGACCCGGAGCGGCACUGCAACACGGACUGGAUCCUCAGAGCAGCUCCUAACGUGACCACAGAGGAGCAGCUGAACCUCACCGUGCCCAGGGAGGAGGAUGGGAGCUUCAGCCGGUGUCGGAUGUUCGUCCCUGUGGACUGGGACAUCCAUGAUAUCAGGGAGUAUGGCCUCAAUGAAACAACAGGCUGCAGGGAUGGAUGGGUUUAUGGCAGCAUGCUGUAUGAAUCCACCAUAGUUACUGAUUUUGAUCUAGUUUGUGACCAGGCUCAUUUGUUGGGCAUUGCGCAGACGGUGUUGAUGGCUGGCAUCGUCGCUGGUUGUCUCGUAUUUGGACCUUUCGCUGAGUCGUUUGGCCGUAAACGAGCCGCUCAGAUCCCCGUAGUUCUGAUGCUCCUCUUCUCUGUAACAACUGGGUUAUGUCCGAACUACCCUUUAUAUUUGGCCUCCCAGUUCGUGGCGGGGAUUGGAUAUGGAGGCUAUCGAAUAAAUGGCGUCAUCCUAAGUACUGAAUGGAUCGGCGUAUCCAAACGGUCCUGGGGAGCCUGCAUCAUUCAGCUAUGUGCUGCCGUUGGACAGGCCAUCCUCGGUGGCAUGAUCUACUUCAUCAGAGACUGGAGACUGGCUCAACUGGUCACAGCUGCUCAGUUUGCUGUGAUCACUUUUUACAUAUGGUUUAUUCCAGAGUCAGCCAGAUGGUUGUUGGACAGGGGACGGACAGACGAGGCUAAAGAGCUGAUCAUCAAAGUGGCGGCCAUUAACAAACGCAAAGUUUCAGACUCUCUCCUGGAAAAGGUGCGACUGUUCUCCGUGAAUGUUACCUUCUUCUGCCUUUCGCUGAAUGUGGGAAACUUUGGCUUGGACAUCUUCCUGACUCAGGCCUUGUUUGGCCUCUCUGAAGUACCGGUUCACAUUGUUUGCAUUUGGCUCCUGGAGGCGGUCGGAAGAAAAGCGUCACUGAUCACCACACUUAUGAUUGGAGGAUUUCUGUGCCUCUUGAUCCUCGCCGUACCUCAAAGUAAGGCCAUUGCUGUCACUGCGUUAGCCAUUGGCGGACGUUUUUUGACCAACUGCGCCGGAUCUAUAUGCAUCUUGUAUGUUCAGGAGCUGUUCCCGACGUCUUUUCGACAAACUGCCUCGGGUUUGGGCUCUAUCUUCAGCCGAGUCGGAGGAUUGAUUUCCCCGCUGCUCAACAUGCUGGCCGUGUACCACUGGUCCAUCCCUAUCGUGGUCUACAGCAGCCUCCCCAUCCUCAGCGGAGCCCUCUGCUUCCAGCUUCCCGAGACCAGAAGAACAGAACUCCCCGAUCUGACCCACCAAUCUGAAGGCAACUGGUAA